AUGAUCCUCAAGAUUUUCCGAAGGCAUACAAGCCCCUCCUUUAUCAUCACGGCUAUUGUUCUAUUGUGUCUCUUUCUGACAUUCUUCCAUCGCCACGGUCCUGAGCGAGCAUAUACAGGCCUCAAUGAGCAUCCUGUGGAAAUUCAGCAUGAUACCAUCCUGGAAGGCGCCUUGCCGUCUGCGGUGCCCAAACAUGGAGAUGUAGAAAUCUCACCCACUUUGGCAGAGUCUGAAAAUAGCGAAGCAAAAAUACCGUCCAUUUCAGUGGAUAUCAUCUCAGAAGAGGCCAAGGCACUGCCCGCUGGUGAUUCAAGUUCUGCCCAAAUUAAGAGGACUACGACGUUGGUUACAGGGCACACUAAAGAUGAGGAUGUUAGCUGGCUGCGCGAAUCCUUUCGGGGCCCAGAGUACCUCCUCAAAAUCUACUCGGUCGAUGGUUCAAAUUCGAAAGACUUGCAUACUCCGAUGAACAAAGGCCGUGAGACGAUGCCUUUUCUCACCUACAUCAUUGACAAUUAUAACAGUCUUUCUGACAUCAACAUCUUUCUUCACCCGCACCGGUACGCCUGGCACUCCCGGGACACCCUAAUUCCUGAUACAGUUGAGUUGAUUCAUCGACUCAACACCGACCGCGUGGCACGCCUAGGAUACAUUAACCUCCGGUGUCGGUGGAGUCCGGGAUGUCCGGUACACAUGGACACGGGGAGUCUGGUAAUGGGAAACGACAUACCAGAGCAAACCAUCUUUGGGCCAACUUUCCGAGAUAUCUUUGGUGCCGAUGCCGAGAUGCCGGCGCUGAUGGGUGGAACCUGCUGUUCGCAGUUCGCCGUGAUGCGCGAGACCGUCCAGAGCGUGCCCCUUGAGCGUUGGCGCUAUAUGCGCGAGUGGAUCCGCACGACAGAUCUUGACGAUGGCAUGGUGGGCCGUGUGUUUGAGAGCCUCUGGCAGUACAUCUUCCUCGGCGAGGCUAUCUUGUGCCCACGCGAACACCUGUGCUACUGCGACACAUACGGGCUGUGCUUUGGCGGCGCGACCGGGUUUGAUCAGAACGAAUGGCUCCUCGGUCGUCGGAAGGAGAUGCAGGGCAAGGUGAAAUGGCUAGAUGAGGCCAUCAAGGAGGCCGAGAAAAUGUCUGGAAAGCCAUCCGAAGGGGGUGCAGCUGAGACUAAGAGCGAGAGGAAGGAGAGGAUCACUAUGAUGCAGGAGGAGAAGAGUAAAGCCCUUUUGGAGGUUGAAAGACUCAGUGCCAUUUGUGAAGCUAAUGUCCAAAGAGCGUUUGAGAAUGGAAACGAUCCCAUAAAGCGGGCGAAAGAGAUGAGGUCCGAAUAA